UUCAGAACACAACUCACCAAGCUGCAAAAAGCAGAUUUAGUUUCUUUGCAGAUGGUCUAUGAGUCUCAUGUGGCAUCAUAUUAAAUUAUAUAGGCAGUCAGUCGCUUGCUCUGAAGCGAUGCUCUGAGCCAGGAGUUGUGAUCUGCUUGGACCAUUCUGGUGGAAAACAGGCUGGAAAGCUAAACCAGCUCCUCUGAAGAGCAGCAGUGCAGGGCCCUGCCAGGGGCUUCAAACACCUCAAGGGCUGCAAUUCCCCCUGGGAUUCACUAUGAGGGUGGCCCAGCGACCCUACCAUGGGCUGUGGAGCAUUUUGCCCUAAAGUGUCUGAAUUACAGGAAGAAGGAAUAAAUGCCAUUAACUUACCUCUCAGUCCCAUUCCAUUUGAACUAGACCCCGAGGACACUAUGCUAGAGGAAAAUGAAGUCCGAACAAUGGUGGAUCCAAAUUCAAGAAAUGACCCAAAAUUACAAGAACUAAUGAAGGUAUUAAUUGACUGGAUUAAUGAUGUGUUGGUAGGAGAGAGGAUUAUUGUGAAAGACUUGGCUGAAGACCUGUAUGAUGGACAAGUAUUGCAGAAAUUAUUUGAGAAGCUUGAAAGUGAGAAGCUGAAUGUUGCAGAAGUUACUCAGUCCGAAAUUGCUCAGAAACAGAAGCUACAGACAGUGCUUGAAAAGAUCAAUGAAACCCUUAAACUCCCUCCAAGAAGCAUUAAGUGGAAUGUUGACUCUGUUCAUGCUAAAAGUCUCGUAGCAAUACUUCACCUUCUGGUUGCAUUAUCUCAGUAUUUUCGAGCACCAAUCCGACUCCCUGACCACGUGUCCAUUCAGGUGGUUGUUGUGCAGAAACGAGAAGGAAUCCUCCAGUCUCGACAAAUCCAAGAGGAAAUAACUGGUAACACUGAGGCAUUAUCAGGAAGGCAUGAAAGAGAUGCAUUCGACACUUUAUUUGACCAUGCCCCAGACAAGCUCAACGUAGUGAAAAAGACUCUCAUCACCUUUGUGAACAAGCAUCUGAAUAAAUUGAAUUUGGAGGUGACUGAACUGGACACGCAGUUUGCAGAUGGAGUGUACUUAGUCCUGCUAAUGGGUCUCCUGGAAGGCUAUUUUGUUCCCCUGCACAGCUUUUUCUUGACUCCUGAUAGUUUUGAACAAAAGGUUGUCAAUGUAUCCUUUGCAUUUGAGCUAAUGCAGGAUGGUGGAUUGGAAAAACCAAAGCCAAGACCAGAAGAUAUUGUAAAUUGUGACUUGAAGUCUACACUGAGAGUACUGUACAAUCUAUUUUCCAAAUACAGGAAUGUGGAGUGAAGAACUGAUUUGAGUCACAAAGGAAUGUUAACAAAGAAAACAUCAUAAUUAGCAUAGCUUUCAUUGGUGUUCCUCUGCAUCUCUAUCCUAAAAGGAACAAAACCAUUUACCUGGAGAAUUUUUGGUUAUUUGUUGAUUAUUCUGACACUAGUAUUUUCACAAUAGAUUUAAAACUAAUAUAACUUAUAGAGAAGAAGGGGUUUAGGGGAAGGUAUCUGGGUAUAUUCUGGGAAAAUUCACAUCUUGGUUGUCUUCGCAUUGUUUUUAAUAGGUGAAGCAACAAUGAAAAAAAAUUUAGAAAGUUUAAUUCAAAUCAGCCUUUGGAGCCAAUCCCAGUAGUAUUCUCUACUAAGUACUUAAUUAUUUUUUAUAUAUUUCUUUUUUUUUAAUCUGGGAAAGGGAAGAGUAUUUUCUAUCCAUGAUAAGACAGUUCCAUGGGGAGAAACAGUAAAAUACACUUGUUCACAUGACAGCUAAGAAGGAGAAACUUAACCUCUGAAUAUGUAGUUACAGUGCUAUUAUUAGGCUUUAAUUUUAUGUGUACAAGCUGAAGUGGCUGCUCAUUCCUUCAGAUUUACUAUGCUGUGAUACUCUGCUUCAAUAUGUGCUACUGAGCACUCCACAGACCCACACUUUGCAGCUUGUCACUUGUUUUUGUUCAAGGAAGAGAUCUUUUUUGCAAAUAACACUUUUCAGCAUUCCACAGAGCCACACUUCGCAGUUUGUCACUUGUUUUUGUUCAAGAGAUCUUUUUUGCAAAGAACACUUUUCAGGAAGACACAUCUGUGUAAUACAGCUUUUCUAUAAUAUUUGUAUUAUUAUAUAAUUUUAGAAAGUAGAAGAAUGGCUAGUUUUUAUUUUGGCAGUUUAAUCAGAGGAUUAUCAGAUUGCAAGUUUAGAUUGAUCGCUAAAUGGAAUUUAGAAUUGUACCUUUGGUUGAUUUUAUGAUGAAUGUAUGUUGCUGCAUAAUGCUCAACGCAAAAAAAUACGAUUCAUUUUCUAGAAACGGCCAAAACUACUUCCAUCUGCAAAGAUUCCAUUAGAGUGUAAAGUUCCUUGGUGAUUUUACAUGGCUACAAAGAUUUUUUUUUUUUAAAUUUAAUUACCACCAAUUGAGAUGUUACCUGUUUGGUUUUGGCUUUAGCAAAGACACAAAAGGGAAAUGGGAGUUGAUUCUUCCCUUAGACUGGUACCAAGCACCAGUUGUGCUUCCAGAGGGAGCUGGUAGAGGCUGCCCGGAGCACUUCUAAAACAAAAUGUUCCAUUGCAACCACAAAUUCUUGAGAUCCUGGUUUACACAGUCAGGAAGAGAAUUCCUCAGGCUGAAAUUCCUUGAUAGCUCUUCAGAAAUGUUGGGACUGCUUAGUGCAGGAAGGAGCCUUGUUAACAGCCAUCAAUUGCAGCAGAACUGGCUGAGGUCAGAGGAAGGAAAAGAGAUCUGUCAGUUCUUGAAUCGUCAUCAGGAGAAAGGCAGAGCUGGCAAGGAUGCUCAAUAACAGCUGCAUGUUACUCAUGAUGUAAAGCAUUACAUAGUUUUCCAUUUUCCAGGGCUAUUUUUUUUUUUUUUUAAUGUAGAGCUUUCCAGUAUAUCAUUAGCACAGAGGGAAUUCCAACAAUUAUUUCCUGUCUUUGCUAAACACCAGCUGAUGUUUAGUAAUAAGGUGAUACUGACUUCUGCUGGGGGGCUAUGAAAGUAUUUUUCUGAGAAAUAAUAUGAACUUUUUCAAGGGAAAGCCAGUAUUCAAUUCAAAGGACAAUACCUGGAUGUUCUCUGAUCUUAGAAAUUAUCUGAUUGUAAUAAGCACUCUAAAUGUCUUUAUUAAAAUAUUUUUUUACCUGUGCGUUUUUAACUGAGUUUCUGAAAUUAGAGGUACAGAAAACAGCAGUUAUUUCCCCUUUACAGGGAGAAAUAGCUGGACAUUUUGACCUCAAUGAAAAUGAGCAUUUUCAUUAUAUUUUUAGUAUCUGAGAAGCUAAACAAUAGGAAUUAACCAAACAUUUUUUGAGCAAACUGAGACAGAAAUUCUCAUGUAUAUAUUAGCAGCAAUUUCAGCUUAUUUUAAUGUUUAACAUGAAAGUUUUUCAUUUGCACACCUAGUGGUAAUUGCAAUAGCUAAUUAAAAAAUGAAUUAUGUUUUUUCUUCAGACCAUGCUCAGCUGCAACACCUUUACAUUUCAACAGUGCUGAAAGAUUUUGACAGCCUUUGUUUUCAGAAGUGCACUUUCUUUAAAGAGGAGAUUUAUAUGGGUAAAGUGAACAGUGAAACUGUUUUCUUUGCCUGGACUUGCAAAUAAGUAUUUCUUGUGCUAUAUUGUUAUAACAUUAUUGGAGAUUUAUCUGUCAGACGCCAUUUCCAUCCUUAUAAAAGAUAAAACUGACACAGAAUUAUUAACUCCUCAUGCUGAAAUGCAAUUAUGCAGAACCCUAGAAGCAUUUAAACAAUAUCCAACCUUUCCACAAUUAUCUAUCCUAUGGUAAGAAUUUAUGUGAACUAAAAUCUGCUAUACAAACAACAGUGUCCUGUGUAAAUAUAGAUCCAUGUGAUAGUUUUAACACCUACACACAAAUAGUAUAUGCUGCCAUGUAGGAGUGAUCACUGCUUAUAUUUUUGACAGUGUAGAUUUAAAUAGCUAUCAGAUAAAUACAAAAUCUAAUAUAGAGAUUAUAUCUAAUAUUUAUUGCUUUGUUUCUGAUUAUAAGAGAAAUAUAGAAUGCUACUGUAGACAGCUUGCUUUUCAGCAGUUGGUGUAGGGAAGGAAAGGGAAGGGAAAAGUUAUCUGGGCCAAAUUCUGCCCCACCUAUGUUUCUUUUAUUCUUGAUACAUAGCAGUGCACCCUGACAUACUGCUGAAAGAAGAAUUCUCCUUGCUGUUUAUAUCAAGCUAGAAGUUGUUUAAAUUUUAGUCAAUCCCAGGUUUAUUUGUAAUUACUUAAAAUAAUGAAGUAGACCUAAAUGGAUGGAUUUAGCUCAUGUAAGACACGAGCAGCCACCUGGAGAGGCCAGUUCCUCUGGUGGUCCCGGAGGGAUCCUGGGGUCUCAAGGCUGAGACUUUGGAUCCUAAAGCCAGGCAGGGUGAAUCCAAGACCCUGCCUGAGCAUCUCGUGGUGCUGCUGGGAUCCCACCCACCAGACCAGUGUGCCUGUUUGUUGUGCUGUGGCACACGAAGGCCCAUGGGCAGCUGAGCCUGCCAAAAAGUGGCCAAAUCUUGGCCUGCCUUGAGUAGCAAACAAGCAGUAAACAUUGCUGCCACUGGGGCAUUGUGGAACCACCACAGUCCUGUUGUGACUUCUGAUUCACCCAUUGCAUCCAGCAGUAUGGUAUCUAGGUUUCUUCUGUGGCUGGAAAUGGGCAUCCUUUCUCUCUUGAUGGAUAUUGGCAUGCUCUUUCAACCACACAAAACUUAUUGUUUGGGUUUGUUUUUUUUUUUUUAAGAGGAGGUACAGAUUUUUCAUAGUGUGUCAACAAGGUGUUGUCAAAAGACUUACCUAAAAUCCUAGUAUCUUGAGGUCAGCUCCUUUCAAUUUCUUUCUCAGCUGACUGGGUGUUAUUUGCCAUAAAGAAUGAGUCCUGUGAAAAGAAGCCUUUGCAUAAUUUUACCCAAGACACAUAAAGCCCAGAGUUGGAUUGCUCUGUAUUUCUAAUGGAGUCCAAACGAACCAAGUUUCCAAUUAAAUUAAAUCUUUACAUUUCCUGGUCAGGAGUAGCUCCGUGUUACAGGGGCCAGCAGCCCUUGCAGCUCCAUAGCUCAGGAAUUCAAGUGGACCAGCAGGAGCUGGAUAAGGUCCUAAUUUACUGCAGUGAAUUGUGGAGCAAAUGGCAGGAAAUCACCUGAGCCUCUGUCCUACAGAGCGUUGCAGUGCUGGGAAAAGAUUGCAUUCAAGCAUCAUGACCAUGACCACGAUGACUGGGGUACUUGGUUGGCUUUUGUUCAUACUUUUUAUUCUGUUUUAAAUUAAUCUUUCAGAUUAUUUUAGCAGACACCUUGCUGCAAGCCACAGUGUUGUAAAGCAGAAUGGCUUUUAGAAGUUUAUUUCAUUAAAUAAAGAUAUAUGUGAUAUUUGGUAUACUAGAUGCCAGCCUUAGUCUAGUUUUUGUUAUUCUUGUCUUCCUCUCAAAAGAACCUUCAUUAAUGGCCAAGCAUCCAAAGAGAAAACAGUGCCUUGAAAACCUCUUGCAAGAUUUUUACACUACCUAUAGUAGACUUCUGUCAUUUUAUUGUAGGAAUUAGUGUGGGCUUUCUCUUUACAGUUAAAGUACAAUUACAGACUGGAGAAAUCCUUUGUAUAAAGUAGCUUGCAUGAAUAUAUUUUAUUUUGAUUUGUCACGUGAAAAAUUGAGAUAGCAUCACCAAAAUUUUAAAAUUCGGCGUACCUCAGUAUCCACAGAUUUUUCAAAGAGGUGUUGAGUCAUGCAACAUUGACAAGGGCUAAUUUUAAGUAUUCUGAAAAUAUUUUGUGUGACUUUGUUUAUGGAAGAACGAGAUUUUCUUUUCUGUCUAACAGUGAUGCCAUGCACUCUACAACAGUAAUAGAGUCAUUGAAACAUUUGGUCUUCAAUUUCAAUUCAAUCAAUUUCAAACUAACUGAUAAAAAAAUAAUAUUUUCAAUAUUUGCUAAACAGGUAUUCAAAAAUAAUUAUUCGUUUAAGUUAACCAAUUGCCUUCAACUGCAGAGUUAGUAGUUUUCACAGAAUAUAUGUACUCUGUAAGUAAAAGACACACUUUUGCUGAUUGUUUUUUUCUGUGCUUUUCCUGAAACCUUUUGUUAUAAUCCACAAUAAAAUUUGCACCUGAAAAUCA